AUGAUGUUUGGCACGGAGGUGUUCUCAGUGCUGUGGUGGUAUAGUCAGAAGCUCCAUGGGCUGACAUGCUCCGAACAUCAGCAUGAGAACUGCAUCUUCGAUGAGUUGUCGAUUUGGGAGCUCUACUUAGGUAUGCACGUCCGACUGCAUUUCACCUGGCUUACCUUGAUGAUCCUGUGGCGAUUUGGCAGGUUCAUGUCCCUGGCUGAUGGCGUUGAUUGUCCGGAGAACAUGCUGGGCUGCGUUACGUUUUUCUACACCUUCGAGGCAUUCUGGCGCAUCUGGCACUCCUCCAUGAACCGCUUCAUGCUCCGAUACCUUUAUGUUCCUGUUGGCGGGAAGAAGCGCAGUUGGCUGGCGGUGCCCAUGGUCUUCGGCUUUGUCGCUUACUGGCACGAGAGCACGGGGUUCCUGACUCGCCCGGCCUGGUAUGCCUGGGGAUUCCUGAACGCCUUCGGCGUAACUGCGGAGAAAGCCUUGGCCACCACCGUGGGAAGGCAGUUGGCCAAGGGCGAGGCAGAUGGGAGUUGGCUCGCUUGCAUACUGGUCUUCCUGGGAAAGGGCGUAGGCCCUAUUUUUCUGAUUCUGGUGAACGUCCCGGCCAUCUUUUACGAGAACUCCUGGAAAUUUUAUGUGAGCUUCUUCAACCGAGGCUGGGAGACAGUAGUUCUGUUGUGGACACUAGUCCUCACCUUCGGCUGCACGGCCGUGCUGGUGGAUGCUUUCCGGGAAGAGGAGACGACGCCCCGGAGUGCUCCAUUCACAUCUGCACGGAGCGUUCCCGAAGAUCUCGCCGAGCUCGAGCUUCAGAACUCUGAGUCCUGGCAUGGACGAUGA